AUGAAACAAACCGUGGCUUGGAAUGUGCUGGAAUAUCUUUGCCGACUGCUGGGCGUCUCGACCGGAGCAGUGCUCCUCGGUGUGGGCAUCGAGAGGCUUCUGCAGGGGCAGUUCAAGAGCCUGGCUCUUUAUCUCCUUAUUUCAGGGAUGGCUGUUUCUCUCUGGGAAGUGGCGUUCUUUGCCAGCCUCCUUUUGAUCUCCUGCUUCGCCCCCCGGAGGGGAUCCACGGUGGACGCUUGCUGGCUCCGAGCCAAACGCCGGGGAGCUUUCCAGAAGUUCCUGGCUUAUGCCCUGCUCUCCAUCGCCUGCUUCCUCAGCCCCAUCCACAUCUGGCAGGUUGUGUUCCCAGGCACCCUGCUGAUCCUCACCAGUCUAGCCUAUUUCCUGCUGAGUAAGCAGCGGAAAGAAGAUACAGGAAAUGGGGCACCUGAAGAGAGGGGUGACCCUCGUGAUGAAGUUGUAGAUGAAAUGGCUGGAGACAGGAGUAGGCAAGCCUCCUCCUUCCACCCUAAAUCCAGUUCCCUUGCUGGCUCUCUGAGGAGCUUCUUCCAAGCUUGCCAAAGGCCAGUUGCCUUCAUGCGCUCCUCAUCAAGCGUUGUGUCUAUGAGGAAGCCCACUGACUUUGAGGAACCGGUAGAGGAGACGGUGCUGCCUCUCAGAGGAGAGCUGGAGGGCUUGGCCAAGGAAAGCACCUCUGAAACGGCCUUCAUCCUUUCUGCCCAGAUGUGAUGCCCCAGGUGACUCAAGAAUAAGCUCUUCUCUUGCAGCAGCAGUCCAAGGCAGAGACGUCUCUGGGAAUGACCAACAGCCAAGAAUCCCGGCUGGUUGCUCUCGUCACCACGUGUCCCCAUCACCGCUAAAAGGGGGGAUCUGUUUUUCUUUUGUGGGGUUUCCUUAUUCAGUCAUAGCAAUGCAGGUAGUAGCUCUGACAGCCACAGGAAGAGUGAAAUUGUGCAGUCCAAGCAAUGGAUAACAUUGCUGAAGGGACUUCUACUUGGAUAGAGGAAUACACAGAUGGCAGGGGGACAUUUCUAGAAACCAAUUCCCAUUAAAUAUCUUUGCUAUAUUAAAUGUUAUCAAACAGUGUGGCUUUCUAGGAGAAAAUGAGUGUACAGAAUUAUCCUUUGUCUAAGUUUGUUUGGGAACUUGCAGACUUUGGAAAGAGGAGGAGAAAUAAACGAUCGUAUCCAUUGACUGUCCUCCCCCCCUCCCAGUUUCCUCCAAAAUCAGGAGCUCCGGUAUUUCAUGGUCACCUACCCAACCUUCCUUCUUUUUCAAUUUCCUCUGCUAAGCCUUUCCCAUUGCUUAGCCUCGUGUCCAGGCCAGCGGUUGCUCUUCCGUCUCCCUUCACCCUCCGAAGGAGAAAGUUGUUAAGCAAAUAAAUCUGGAAUUUCCUAGAAAGAUCAGGCAGGUUAAGCAAAUAAUUUGGGGAUUACCUAGCAGGACCACCUCACCACUGGUGUUCCGAUGGUCAAAAAUCUCACAUCACUCUUGGUUCAUAGCUCUUUGAAAGAGCUGCAGGUUGCUUUUGGAGGAUGGGAGGGGGCUGUAGCCCCCCUGUUGCUUCUGAGAGUUCCUCUCCACAGCAUUGCCCGCCUCAUUCAUUUGUAUGUCUGAGCAGGAAUUUAUAUUUGCACUCACAGGGCGACUCUUCCUUGCUUUCCAAUAAAAAGGAGGAGGUGGGGGGCUGAUUUAUUCUCCAAAGCACCCGAGGGUGGAUAAAGAGAGAUGCAGCCUGGAACUAUGGAGAACUUUCCUCAGGGUGAGAGCAAUGACCAGUGGAACUGCUUGCCUCCUGGAGUUGGGGGUGCUUCAUUGCUGGAGACUUUCAAGAAAAGCUUGGAGGACCUUUUAUCUGGGAUGCUAGAAGGUCUCCUGCAUAGCCCCCAAAAGCUAUGCUCAUGUUGAGAGCUAACGCAGAUCCAGAGCAACGACACCGGGAAAAGUCAACGGGCUCUGAGAUUUGUAUCAAUCAAGAUCAAUGUUUGCAUCUCAACCAUACAAAGAAUAAUGAAAGCAUGAGGAUGUAUAAAAAUGUCUACAUUAAUAAAGACCUGCAUCCCAACUCCUGCCAGACCAGGUUCAUUUGCAAAGCUGCUCCACAAGUCUGGGAACCAAUUUUGCUUGGACCAUUAAUUUGGGUCACUUUUGUACACAGGUAAGGUGCUGAUUGACAGGUGGCAGAGACCUUUGAGGCACAGGCUGUUUUACAAUAAAGGAGAAGGACACCCAUUCUCAGAAGUGUAUUUAAGCUUUCAUAAUUGCUACCAACUUGCCUUCCAUUGAGGACCUGUAUACUGCACGAAUCAAGAAGAGGGCCGUGAAAAUAUUUGCAGAUCCCUCGCAUCCUGGACAUAAACUGUUUCAACUCCUACCCUCAAAACGACGCUAUAGAGCACUGCACACCAGAACAACUAGACACAAGAACAGUUUUUUCCCGAAGGCCAUCACUCUGCUAAACAAAUAAUUCCCUCAACACUGUCAGACUAUUUACUGAAUCUGCACUACUAUUAAUCGUUUCAUAGUUCCGUUCCCAUCACCAAUCUCUUUCCACUUAUGACUGUAUGACUAUAACUUGUUGCUGGCAAUCCUUACGAUUUACAUUGAUA